GGAAAGCGGCGGGACCGGCGCGGAGGGGCGGCCAUGGGCAGGAGCCGGUCCCGCUCCCCCCCCCGCAGGGAACGCCGCCGUUCCCGCUCCACCUCCCGGGACCGGGAGAGGCGGCGCCGGGAGCGGUCGCGAUCCCGGGAGAGGCGGAGGAGCCGCUCCCGCUCCCCGCACCGCCGGCGCUCCAGGUCCCCCCCCCCCGCGCCGGCACCGCUCGGGAUCCUCCUCCCCCCCGCGUCCCAAGGAGCGGCGGGAGGAGGAGAAGAAGGACCCGAAGGAUGCCAAGGGGAAGGAGCGGCAGAUCACGGAGGAGGAUCUGCAGGGCAAGACAGAGGAGGAGAUCGAGAUGAUGAAGCUGAUGGGAUUCGCCUCCUUCGACACCACCAAGGGGAAGAAGGUGGAGGGGGCUGCCAAUGCCUACGCCAUCAACGUCUCCCAGAAGAGGAAGUACAGGCAGUACAUGAACAGGAAGGGGGGGUUCAACAGACCCCUCGACUUCAUCGCCUGAGCUGGGAUUUGGGGUGGAUUCCCUGGAAUUCCCGUUUUCCUGCUGGUUUCUGACCUCCCCCCCCCUGCUCCGUGUCCCUCCCCAGCUCUCAACCCCUCGGGAUCUUUUCCCUUUUAUUUCUAUAACUCAGUGACAGGAGGGGGGGGCAGAACCCACCCCACCCCCCAACCCCCAACCCCCCCCUCUCCUCGGGUGUCCCAGAUUUAUUCAAUUUAUAUCAAUAAAU